ACAUCACGCGGGCGGCGCCGGCCUGACGGUCUCGGUCUCGGUGCAGCGGACGCAGCCGCCCGGCCUGGCGCGGGAGUGGGAGCGCCUCUUUGACUUUGGCAACGGGCCCGAACAGGACUCCGUGUUCCUCGCGUUCGAUGGGAACCCGUACUGGGACCCGGCGCUCUCGUGCUGCUUCCCAAUGAGGUACGCCGUCUGGCGCGGCACCCAGUACGAGGGCGCCGUGAACUGGCCGCUGGGCGAGGGCAGCGGCGAGGACAGCGGUGGCGCGAGCUUUCCGCGCAACGAGUGGGUGCACGUGGCGCUCGUGCACGAGCCCGACGGCACCGCCACCAUCUACUGGGACGGCGUCGCGAAGGCGAGCGGCUACGUCCCGCUGCCGCUCGCCGUCGAGCGCUCGGGCCUGUACAUCGGCCGUUCGCACUGGGGGACUGAACCCAACGGCGGUCGCUUCGAGGGCACGAUGCGCGACUUCUUCGUCUUCAAUGCGGCGCUCACCGAGGCGCAGCUCACCGCGCUCCGCGAGCAGCGCGAGUUCCCAACGAUCGACGGCAUGUACACGGCGCCCAUCAUCACGGCGGGCUGCCCACUGCCGCCGCUGCCGCCCUUGCCGCCCCCGCUGCCACCUUCCUCGCCACCGCCACCAGCACCUCCCAUCAAGGCGGCGCCCCCCGCUGCCCCCGGCGCCGGCUGUGCCACGCUCGCCUUCGAUGGCACGAGCGCGAGCGACGUGAACGCGGUCGCCGCCGAGCACAUCAACGCGGGCGGUGCCGGCCUGACGGUCUCGGUCUCGGUGCAGCGGACGCAGCCGCCCGGCUUGGCGCGGGCGUGGGAGCGCCUCUUUGACUUUGGCAACGGGCCCGAACAGGACUCCGUGUUCCUCGCGUUCGACGGGAACCCGUACUGGGACCCGGCGCUCUCGUGCUGCUUCCCAAUGAGGUACGACGUCUACCAGCAUGGCACCUACCAGUACGCGGGCGGCCGGGGCGUGAACGUGCCGCUGGGCGAGGGCAACGGCGAGGACAGCGGUGGCGCGAGCUUUCCGCGCAACGAGUGGGUGCACGUGGCGCUCGUGCACAAGCCCGACGGCACCGCCACCAUCUACUGGGACGGCGUCGCGAAGGCGAGCGGCUACGUCCCGCUGCCGCUCGCCGUCGAGCGCUCGGGCCUGUACAUCGGCCGUUCGCACUGGGGGACUGAACCCAACGGCGGUCGCUUCGAGGGCACGAUGCGCGACUUCUUCGUCUUCAAUGCGGCGCUCACCGAGGCGCAGCUCACCGCGCUCCGCGAGCAGCGCGAGUUCCCAACGAUCGAUGGCAUGUACACGGCGCCCAUCAUCACGGCGGGCUGCCUGCCCCCAGCGCCGCUCUCGCCGCCCUCGCUGCCACCUCCCUCGCCACCGCCACCAGCACCUCCCAUCAAGGCGGCGCCCCCCGCUGCCCCCGGCGCCGGCUGUGCCACGCUCGCCUUCGAUGGCACGAGCGCGAGCGACGUGAACGCGGUCGCCGCCGAGCACAUCAACGCGGGCGGCGCCGGCCUGACGGUCUCGGUCUCGGUGCAGCGGACGCAGCCGCCCGGCUUGGCGCGGGCGUGGGAGCGCCUCUUUGACUUUGGCAACGGGCCCGAACAGGACUCCGUGUUCCUCGCGUUCGACGGGAACCCGUACUGGGACCCGGCGCUCUCGUGCUGCUUCCCAAUGAGGUACGACGUCUACCAGCAUGGCACCUACCAGUACGCGGGCGGCCGGGGCGUGAACGUGCCGCUGGGCGAGGGCAACGGCGAGGACAGCGGUGGCGCGAGCUUUCCGCGCAACGAGUGGGUGCACGUGGCGCUCGUGCACAAGCCCGACGGCACCGCCACCAUCUACUGGGACGGCGUCGCGAAGGCGAGCGGCUACGUCCCGCUGCCGCUCGCCGUCGAGCGCUCGGGCCUGUACAUCGGCCGUUCGCACUGGGGGACUGAACCCAACGGCGGUCGCUUCGAGGGCACGAUGCGCGACUUCUUCGUCUUCAAUGCGGCGCUCACCGAGGCGCAGCUAGCCGCGCUCCGCGAGCAGCGCGAGUUCCCAACGAUCGAUGGCAUGUACACGGCGCCCAUCAUCACGGCGGGCUGCCUGCCCCCAGCGCCGCUCUCGCCGCCCUCGCUGCCACCUCCCUCGCCACCGCCACCAGCACCUCCCAUCAAGGCGGCGCCCCCCGCUGCCCCCGGCGCCGGCUGUGCCACGCUCGCCUUCGAUGGCACGAGCGCGAGCGACGUGAACGCGGUCGCCGCCGAGCACAUCAACGCGGGCGGCGCCGGCCUGACGGUCUCGGUCUCGGUGCAGCGGACGCAGCCGCCCGGCCUGGCGCGGGAGUGGGAGCGCCUCUUUGACUUUGGCAACGGGCCCGAACAGGACUCCGUGUUCCUCGCGUUCGAUGGGAACCCGUACUGGGACCCGGCGCUCUCGUGCUGCUUCCCAAUGAGGUACGCCGUCUGGCGCGGCACCCAGUACGAGGGCGCCGUGAACUGGCCGCUGGGCGAGGGCAGCGGCGAGGACAGCGGUGGCGCGAGCUUUCCGCGCAACGAGUGGGUGCACGUGGCGCUCGUGCACGAGCCCGACGGCACCGCCACCAUCUACUGGGACGGCGUCGCGAAGGCGAGCGGCUACGUCCCGCUGCCGCUCGCCGUCGAGCGCUCGGGCCUGUACAUCGGCCGUUCGCACUGGGGGACUGAACCCAACGGCGGUCGCUUCGAGGGCACGAUGCGCGACUUCUUCGUCUUCAAUGCGGCGCUCACCGAGGCGCAGCUCACCGCGCUCCGCGAGCAGCGCGAGUUCCCAACGAUCGACGGCAUGUACACGGCGCCCAUCAUCACGGCGGGCUGCCCACUGCCGCCGCUGCCGCCCUUGCCGCCCCCGCUGCCACCUUCCUCGCCACCGCCACCAGCACCUCCCAUCAAGGCGGCGCCCCCCGCUGCCCCCGGCGCCGGCUGUGCCACGCUCGCCUUCGAUGGCACGAGCGCGAGCGACGUGAACGCGGUCGCCGCCGAGCACAUCAACGCGGGCGGCGCCGGCCUGACGGUCUCGGUCUCGGUGCAGCGGACGCAGCCGCCCGGCCUGGCGCGGGAGUGGGAGCGCCUCUUUGACUUUGGCAACGGGCCCGAACAGGACUCCGUGUUCCUCGCGUUCGAUGGGAACCCUUUCUGGGACCCGGCGCUCUCGUGCUGCUUCCCAAUGAGGUACGCCGUCUGGCGCGGCACCCAGUACGCGGGCGCCGUGAACUGGCCGCUGGGCGAGGGCAGCGGCGAGGACAGCGGUGGCGCGAGCUUUCCGCGCAACGAGUGGGUGCACGUGGCGCUCGUGCACGAGCCCGACGGCACCGCCACCAUCUACUGGGACGGCGUCGCGAAGGCGAGCGGCUACGUCCCGCUGCCGCUCGCCGUCGAGCGCUCGGGCCUGUACAUCGGCCGUUCGCACUGGGGGACUGAACCCAACGGCGGUCGCUUCGAGGGCACGAUGCGCGACUUCUUCGUCUUCAAUGCGGCGCUCACCGAGGCGCAGCUCACCGCGCUCCGCGAGCAGCGCGAGUUCCCAACGAUCGACGGCAUGUACACGGCGCCCAUCAUCACGGCGGGCUGCCUACCCCCAGCGCCGCCGCCGCUGCCGCCCUCGCCGCCCUCGCUGCCACCGGUCCCAGUCAAAGCAGCGCCGCCCGCCUAUCCCGGCGCCGGCUGCGCCACGCUCGCCUUCGAUGGCACGAACGCGAGCGACGUGAACGCGGUCGCCGCCGAGCACAUCAACGCGGGCGGCGCCGGCCUGACGGUCUCGCUCUCGGUGCAGCGGACGCAGCCGCCCGGCCUGGCGCGGGAGUGGGAGCGCCUCUUCGACUUCGGUAACGGGCCCGACCAGGACUCCGUGUUCCUCGCGUUCGACGCGAACCCGUGGUGGUACCCGGCGCUCUCGUGCUGCUUCCCGAUGAGGUACGAAGUCUGGCACGGCACCCAGUACGCGGGCGCC